AUGACGCGACGGACGCAAAAGAAGGCGCGCUCCCCGAAAGCUUCUAAGGUGAGUGAAUCCAAUUUGCUCACCGAAACCAUUGCGAAAGAACCCGAAUUAGAGGAUAUGAUUCAGUGUGACCAGUGUAGUCGAUGGGUUUACAUGGACGAGACAGGAUUUGAGAGCUGCGAGGACGCAGAUCUACCGCCGUCCUUCGAGUGUAAAAUCUGCAAGAAGCUCGAGAUAUACAAAAAGCUAAUCGAUAGCCAACAUGAGAAAAUUGCUAAGAUUGAGGAGACCAACCAGUCAUUGUCAAGAAAGGUUGAACAGCUUACAGUAGCCUGCAGAGCGCAUGCAGAAAAUCUAAACAUACUGGAGAGAGAAAACGAGGAACUGAAGAAAACGACACAAUCGGAGAAAAACCCAACAAGACAGGAAAUUCAAGCUCUCGAAGACAAAGUCACUGAUAUGAACGCUGAGAAUACUGCGAAGAUGGAAGUGAUCGAAUCCCUACUAAACCGAGUCCAGGUACUCGAGAAAGAAAAUGGAGAGCUUCAGUUGUCAAAACAGACAGCAAAUGGCGUCCCAUCCCCCACAGCCACCAUGGCGGACGAAAUGGGUCAAGAAGAAGGGCUUAAAGGAUCCCCCCUCGAAAACCCAAACGGAAACGAGGUCAAUACAACCACAAAGCGAGUCCAGACGGGCACACUCCCCGGCGUGCCCACAAAUGGAAGGGCCCUACCGAAAAGACGUGUAACACUUUUAGGGGACUCUAACCUAAAUAGGGUGAAAAAACCAUUGCUGAAUGAAGUCCAAAGAGACAGUCGAGUAAGCGUACAUGCAUUGCCCGGAGCAAAAGCGGAUCACAUUCUUAACGAAAUGGAGAAACUGACCCAAACUGAGAACGAAGAAAACCUCGUUCUACUCAUGGCGGGCCUCAAUGAUAUAUUGAACGGCGGGGAACCAAAGGACAUCGUCUCCGGAAUGACAACAAGAAUGACCCGAUGGCUCCAAGACCACCCCAAUCAUACGUUGGGGGUAUGCUCGGUACCUUACACGAAGGAGAGAGGACACGAGAUUCAAAUCAAAAUAAAAGAAGUAAACAAGGAUAUGCAAGCAGCAUGCCACGCGACCCCUCGCAUGCAGUUCAUCAACAAUUACCACAUUUUGGGGAAAGCUGAAGCAUCAGGGAUGGUGGACAUCCACCUGUCACCGGAAGGAAGCGAGAUAGAACAACCCGCGACCCCGGUUAUGCUACUCGGAGACUUCAACUGCCACAUUAUGGAACUAGACGGAAAAGACCAUAAGUCCCGGCACCUUCGCUGCAUAGCCAAGAAACACGAUCUGGUUAUACUGAACCUACAUGAAAAGUGCACUGGACGCGUGACAUGGACCAGGGGAACACACCAGACAUCUAUUGACUAUGCACUCGCUUGUCCCCUCUGGGAGCAACCUCCAUUCAACAUCAAGGGUAUCAACAUCGACGAGGAAAAGGAACAUAGCUGUGACAGUGAUCACAAUCGCAUUAAAGUAAUAAUAACAACCCCCCUGAAAAAGAACUACGGCGGCGAUUUAAAGCGCAGGAAAAAAGCACGGUGGAAGACGGGAAACGAAGAUAAUAUCCAGAUAUUUGCUACAAAGUUUGAAGAAGCCCUUACGGCAAGAGAAGAACAACCAGAUUACGAGACCUUCCUUCAAGAAAUGGAAAAGGCAGCGAUUUCUUUUGUCGGCAAGUCAAGGGGUAGCAUACGAAAGAGCAAGCGGAAGCCAUGGUGCGACAAAGAAGUUACAGAUGCAAUAAGAGAGCGAAAAAGGUUGUGCCGUAAAUGGAGAGAAGCAAUAAAGAAAAAAGCGGACGACCAAGAUGAAAAACGUGCGUAUCAAAACCAACAGGCAGAAACCAAACGGCUGAUAGGAAAAAAAAUAGAGCAGUACUACAAAACGGUAGAAGAAAACAUAUGCUCAGCGGGAAGACGAAGCGGCCAAAAUUUUUGGAAAUACGUGAAGAACAUCGACAACCGUAACGAAGCGCCGAACGUGGAAGUCAAAUUACACGACCGCCAAAGCGGGAAACUACUUCGAACCAAAAACGAGCUUGAGCAAUAUAUGACUGACUUCUUCAAGGAACAACAAGAAGCUAUCCACAAGAGGACGAGCCCACACGAAACAGGGGAACAGCCCCCAAAUUACAACGAUGACCGCGUGGAACCCAUAGAGGAGCAGGAAUUUGAAAGACACGUCAAGAAACUAAUGAAAGGAAAAGCGACUGGUCCAGACGGAAUCCCGAACGAAUUCCUUAAAGCUCUCGGGCCGCAUACCAAAACAGUCCUGAGAAAAAUAUUCAACAACAUACUACAAACAAAGGAAAUCCCCGAAAGUUGGAAGAAAAGCGUCGUCAGACUAAUCCACAAGGGCCACGGGAAAUCAAUGGAUGACCUAAACUCAUACCGGCCAAUCACAUUGCAAAACAAUACAGCAAAGCUCUUCGCCAGCAUCAUCAACGAUCGCCUGAAUAAAGCAUACGAGCACUCCCUAAGUGAAGCCCAGAAUGGCUUCCGCCGAAACAGGCGAGGAAGUGAUAAUUUAUUCAUCAUCACUCAACUUAUGGAACUCACGCAGAAGACAGGAAACGAUUUAUACCUAGCGUUCCUGGAUCUUGAAAAAGCCUACGAUGCUGUACCACACGGAACAGUUUGGCAGAAACUACGGCACACUGGACUCCAAGAAGGAAUGGUACAAUUGAUACGGAAUUUGUAUUCGGACUGCUACUGCACAUACCAAUUAGAAGAAUAUCAGUCAGGCGAAGUUAAGCAGAUCGUAGGCCUAAAACAGGGAUGCCCAAUGUCACCAACGCUGUUUAACGUAUUCCUUAACGAACUACUGCAAGAAUUAGAAUUGAGCGGCAAAGGAGUCACAAUACAUACCCACGAUACGAAAGGCCUACAAACGACAACGCACCUCCCCGCCCUCGCUUUUGCCGACGAUAUCGUGCUCCUAGCGAGGACGUCACAAGAUCUACAACACCUGUUGAACCUAUGCACAAAGACGGCAGAGCUUAACGGAAUGAAAUUUAGCAAGGAGAAAACACAAUGGAUGAAGAUAGGAAGGAACAGCGCCAGCAGCGAGACUUUUUCCCUUCAAAAUUUCGUGAUCACCCACACAAAUGAAUACAAAUAUCUAGGUGUACUCCUGCAAAACCAGCCAGACUACUUGGAAAAAUACGAAAAAUCAAUUAUUGCUAAUACGAACAGGAAGAAAGGUCAUAUAUGGCAUCUUGCUCGACACUCCUAUAACCCAUACUCAGUUGGGAAACUCCUAUGGAAAACUGUAGCUGUACCGGCUGCAACAUAUGCGAAUGAAGCCCUCUGCUACAGCACAACUACCAUAAAGGCGCUUGAACGGCAGCAAAGAGAAAUUGGAAAGUGGAUCCUCAGAGGAAACAUGGCCACCGCCAACACAGCCAUUGAGGGAGAGAUAGGGUGGUCUAGAUUCGAGUACCGAGAUGCGCGGUCAAAGACACGUUACCUAGGAAGACUCAUCCAUCUACCAGAAGGCAGGUAUGCGAGACGACUCUUUGAACACGUAAGAUACACUGGCAUCAGAACAGAAUGGGUGAAACGCAUUGGCCGAAUAGACUCCAAAUACAGCAGAGGCACCCGCCGUCAGACGACGAAAAACUCAAUUGAAUGGAAUCGGUGCAUAAACAAAGAGAUGAAGAAAAUUGAAAAUGAAGACUGGAACCAGCGCACUACAAAGAAACAAAGCCUAGCUCUCUACAACAGCUACAAAAGUACACCGGCCCCGUUCAACGCCUACAGAGGAGACCGCCAAAGCGGCUUAUUAUUCCAGGCCAGAACGGGCGCACUCCUGACAAGGCAAAGAUUGGCCCAGCUAUUCCGCCACAACGAGACAACGUGCAUCCUGUGCGGCGAGGAAGAAGAAGACAUCGGACAUGUCUUAUUUAGAUGUCCAGCCACAAUGGCCACCAGACCUGAGGGAGCAGACAUCGCAACAGCGCUUGGCUUAACGACUCCACCAGACGACGGCAGUGCCAGUGACAUCGUGGAGACCACAAGGCGACACCUGACGAACUGGGACAGACUAACAGCGAGUGCUCUUCGCGCAAAACCACACAACGGACCAACUUAG